AAUGAACAUCCUUCGAUUCUUGUUUCUCUCAUGUAUAGUCUUCUUGGCCUUGGCCAAGAAGACCAAGCUGCAUAAAGAAGUGAAGCACAGGCAAAGAAUGUACAAUCAGUUAGAACAGUUUGUAGUCGAUGGGGCUAUCCAAGUGAGAUAUGAAGAACAAAAGGGAUUCUUUACAGUGGCAAAAAAGGAAAUUGAUGGGGUCACAGUGAGAGCUCCAGCAGAGAUGACAUUGAGCGUUUUUGAGGAAUUUGAGCUAAAAUAAGGUGUUUGAAGAGUUUGUAGCAAAGGAGAAACGUGUUUUUGGGGUUACUGAGGAGGGUGAUUACUUGAGUACUAGUGUGAUGUUAGCUUUCAGGAUUCAUACAGAGAAAUAUUACCAAAAAGCUCAAGAAAUGAUUUCAAAGAAGUCAAAUCCUGAUUUAUACAAGAAAUUCUUAUACUCUUUUCCUUGGUCUACAAACGAUUUGUCAAAUUGGUCCGAUAAGGAUUUUGAGUAUUACCAAAAAGUAGCUUUUUCAGCUCCAGAAUUCAAAGAUAAUUUCUCAAGAAAUGUGUACAGCCUCUUUAUGGGCUAUCUCCAUGAGUGCAGGAGGGUCCCUGGGUUUUCAAACUGCGACAAACUCAUUGAAUUAUUCCAGGAAGAGAAGAAAGUGGUCAAUACCAUUGAUGUAGUCCUUACUCGAAGUAUUGGAAUCUACUUUAAAGACUGGCAGAUACUUCAUAAUAAUUUUGUUUCUAAGAGCAGGUACAACGUUUCUAGCUUCCUGAUGCCACUCGCUGAUGUCCCAAAUCACAGAUUUACUCAUUUAGAUCCUGAAAAUCCAAAUUUCACAGAGCAGGGAAAAUUUCAUCUAACUCCUGAAAAGGGAUAUGUUGGGUUCAAAGUUGACAAGACUUUCAAUGAAGGACUAGAAGGGAACUGAGACAUAGAAGACUGUGAAGAAUACAACUUUAUUUACAUCCCUAUGGCCUCUAAUGCAUAUAUGGUCAGCUCCUACGGAAUUGCUGAUAUUGACAAUAAAUUUAUUCAUUUGAACCCACCUUUAUAUCUCAAAUCAGAUGAUUUAAGCCCUCUCCAUCAAAGAUUAUGUAAGAGAUUCUUGUCGUCAAAUGAUUGCUCACUGGAGUCCUUAUCACUAGCAUCAUGGGAGGAGGAAUCCUCGAAUGACCUGCUCACUUUCAGCCAGAUCAGAUCACUAAAAUUGAGUAAUUCAAAAGGAAGGAGAUCCAAGCAAACUCAAGAGGCUAAAUAUAAAGAGCUCGAGCAGACCUACCUAGAAUACGGUUACUUUGAUUUUUACUCCGAGAUAUCAAGUAUACAAGAAGUCAUUUAGCACAAUGGAAAAUUACUUGGACACAAAAACAGAUAUAACGUGGGAUCUCAAAGAAAGAGAGAAAUAUUUAGAAAAAAGCAAACAAUCCAAUAAAGCAGCGAGGAAGGUCCAGCCCAGGCUAACUGCUCUGGCAGCUUCAAUAAACGAGAAAAGGUUCUUAAUUAAGGAAAUUGAGAGCUUGUACGCUAGAAUGGAAUUCCUCAUUGAUGAACAACUUGAUGAAGACUUAUUUGAGGUAUUUUAGCAUUGAUAUGAAUAAUUAGUUCAUUU